AUAAACCGCCCAAAAAAGGAACGGGGAAACGUUAAAAUCCUUCCGCGAAAAACCCUUAUUUUAGGGUUUAUCAACUGAUGAUCUCAAAUUAUCUGCAAAAAUCGGGGAACUUUUUUUAUGUUGAUCGAAAUCAUUGAAAUGGAAAGCUCAUCGAAGAAUCUAUUCAAAGAAUUGUUUGGUCCUCCACCUCCAAGACGACCUAUUCCUAGCAAAACUUUGAGUACUGUUGUUAAAAUUUUCUCCAUCUUCUCUGAUCAAAACCCCUUCUCCCAACAUUCUUCUUACACUAAACAAUCAGAUGAUUCAUGCAAUGACGUGGUUACACCAAGAGGCGAGAAAGAAGCUUCUAAUGAACUGGUUGGCUCUGCUACUGUGGAGGCUCAGAAAUUAUCUAGAGGCGGAAAAGAAAUUUCUAAUGAACUGGUUGGUUCUGCUACUGUGGAGGCUCAGAUAUUGCCUGUUCAUGAUAAGACAAAUAAUGAUGAGAUUGAUGGGGACUUAAGUAAGGAAAUCAGUUUCAGUGGCUCAAAACUGAUAAUAGAUGAGUUGGGUAGGACAAAUACAGAAAAUAAAGCAAUGGACAGAUUUCCUUCCGACGAGGAGGGUGCCAAUGAUGCGAUGGGUGAAUUUGGCAGAGUCCAUGAAGAAUUGUCAGGUAUCGAGAGAAUCCUCAUGGAUGAAUCUGAUGAUUUUGAUGUGCUACAACUUCCAGACAAAGAUAGCAACUUCGAUUUUUUGAAUGGUUUUAGCUCUAUUUUGGACACAGAUGUUUGUGUUACAAAUUUCAUAACUAAUGAAAGCAAAGGAAGUGGAAAAAUGACUGUUGAUGGGGAUAUGAAGGAAGAUCGGACAGGUGAGAAGAAACGAAAGGAUGUGGAAGUAAACAAAUUAUCUUCUGGAGGCGAUGAAGCAAAGUCUGAUAAUCAUCUGUCUUUAGUCUUUUCUGAUACAAAUUUCAUAACUCAUGAAAGCAAAGGAAGUGGAAAAAUGACUGUUAAUGGGGAUAUGAAGGCAGAUCGGACAGGUGAGAAGAAACGAAAGGAUGUGGAAGUAAACAAAUUAUUUUCUGGUGGCGAUGAAGCAAAAUCUGAUAAUCAUCUGUCUGUGCUUACAGUGACACCUGACUGCCAGAACCAGUAUGUUAGGAAGAAAAGGAAGCUUUGCGAGAAAACGUCUCCUCAAGAUCUGUCGGAUAGUGGAGGUCUAACUUUUUCGGCAUUGAAAAGUGGAUAUGAAGAAGGGGCUGUCUCAAAUAGCAUUAGGAAGGAGAGUAAAUCUGUCAAUGCUACCAAGGGUGUAACAGAAAAGACUAAAGACACAUCUGCAAAGGAUGUGAAUUCAGGAUUAGGUAAGCUUUCAUUUAUAGAUAGCGGGACUUCGUCCAGCACGAAAUUAAGGGGUCCUGAUCCAGUUGUGCGUGGGAAGAUGGUGAAACAAAAUGUAAAUGGUAACACAGGAAAGGUUUCUGCGAUGAAGGUUGGAACUAAUCGGCCAAAGGGUCGCGAGAGAUUUCAGUACUCUCGAGAGGAGUUGCUAAAACUUUGGAAGAUAACUUCUGCUCCUGAGGAUAUUUUGGAAACUGUACGAGAAAUUAAUGUGGAGUUACAGCAUGGGAAAAUCCAAAAUUCUGCUGCUGGAAAAAUUAGUUGUGGGUCUAACGAGGGAAAACUAGUUGCUGUGACAAAGGACAAAAUGGCCAAAGAUAAGGACUCUAGCAUCUUGAAGGAUAAAAAACGAGGCUCUUCUUCGGAGACAAAGAAGGAAAAGAAAAAGCGGCAGAAAAGGAAGAAACGAGCAGAAAUGAACAAGAAACUUGGCGUAAAGAGAUUAAAGCUUAAACCUCUUGUGAAACCAAAAGUUAUCUCAGACUGUCGCCACUAUCUCAAAGGAAGAUGCCAAGAGGGUGAGAAUUGCAAGUUUUCACAUGAUGUGAUACCACUGACAAAAUCCAAGCCAUGCUGUCAUUUUGCACGUCAAGCUUGCAUGAAAGGGGAUGAUUGUCCAUAUGAUCAUCAAUUAUCCAGUUAUCCAUGUAACAGUUAUGUGGCUGCAGGUUUUUGUAGUAGAGGUGAUAGCUGCUUAUUUUCCCACAAGAUUCCUUCAGGAACUGCAGCAGAUGUCUCUAAAUGUGAGCCUACUCUGGAACAGCAUAAGUCAGAUUCUAAACAGCAGUGCAAUGCGAAUGCGUCUCUCCCUUCUGAAAUUGCUGCACUAAAGAGUCUCAAGGAGGAUUUAACAAAGCAAACCAAUCAGCAAGCAAAGGCACCAAAAGGUUUAAGCUUUCUUUCAUCUGGAAAAUCUUCACUCAAGGAUGCUGGUAAGCAUGAAGAAGCUUAUUUAUCUCAGAAAAGUGGUGGUGCUGCUGGAACUAGCAGUCAGCCAAACAUAGCGACAAGAACAGCUGUCAACUUGGUUAAAACUUUGAUGGAUACACCUGCUUCUGACACAUCUCAAGGAUUGGAGUUCCCCUCAUCUGAUAGCAACUCUGUCGGCAGCUUAGAGAACAAGAAACAAGCCAAUCUCUCAGUUCAUGGGGAUCAUUCUAGCUUUCAUUCCUUUGGGAAGACACUGCUGCAGGAGUCUGCUAAAUAUGAAAAAGUUGGUUUAUCUAACCGAGCUGGUGUUGCUGGUGGAGGUGGUAGCGAUGGCGGUGGUAAGCAGUUAAACAAGGAGAUGUCAAGUAGAGUAACUGAUUGUGAAAAGCGACAGAGUCACCCUGCUCCAAUGAGCUGUAAGCAAAGUGUUCCAUCUUCUGGUGGACCUCUAUAUGAUAAUUAUGGCGGUGAAUCACAAGCUACCUUGCCUACUAAUGGACAUUCUGAUACUCAGAUUAAAGAAAAAGAAACUGCAAAUGGAUCUGACAAUGCAGUACAACAGAAACUAUGGGGUUCUCCAACUUCUAUAGGUCAAUUCUCAACCAAGGUUGGGAUGAAAAACACAUCAAGUACAUCUCAAAGGGCUCUUCUAUCCACUCUUGCAUUCGCGGCAAAAUAUGAAUCAGGGAUAAAAAUGACUUCAGCAGCUACCUUUAAGGAGGUCGCUAAGAACGGAGGGAGUAGUAGUAGUGGGCACAAACAGAAUGAACCAUCAAAAGCUUCUGCAAUUUUGGAUUUUCUGUAUAGUGGAGGCAAUAAAGAGAAGAAAGGGGGAGGAUCUUAGGUAUUGGGUAAAUUGUGGUAAAUACUUGGAGCCCCAAGAAUUGUAAAUUGUUGAAAUGUCUGUAACAUGCUAGUCACCUUACAUCUAUCAAAAUGACAAAAAGUUCUUGAAAUGUGAUGUAUGGUUUUUGGCGAAUACUACAUCAACUCAGUGCAGCUAUAAAUUGAUAAAAAAAAAAAAAAAAGUUCCUGA